UCUAAAUAACUCCCCCUUUCUUCUCUUCCUGUUCACAUCUCCCUCCUCUUGUCCCUGGGGUUAGUUUCGCCAUUUAGGAGGGACUUGUCCGUAACAAUGGCCAUGGCUAAGUUCUUUGCUGCCUUGUUCUUGGCUCUCCUUGCCAUCUCCAUGCUUCAAACCAUGGUUAUGGCAGAUCAUGGGCAUGGAGGUCAGCACAAGGGCAAUAAUGCAUAUGGACCUGGGAGUCUCAAGAGCAGCCAAUGCCCGUCACAAUGCACGAGGAGGUGCAGCCAGACGCAGUACCACAAGCCCUGCAUGUUCUUCUGUCAGAAAUGCUGCAAGAAGUGCCUGUGUGUACCCCCUGGGUUUUACGGGAACAAGGCUGUGUGCCCUUGCUACAACAACUGGAAGACCCAGCAAGGAGGACCCAAGUGCCCUUGAUUAUUAAUCCCUUAAUUAUCCUAUUUAUCAUAAUCAUCUUAGUAUUACUAAUUAUCUAUAUAUAAUAUCAUAUAUUCAUGAAAUGUAUGAAUUCUCUGUUGUACUGGGUUUGUUUUGUUUGUUUGAGAAAGACUUUGAAAUUCUCUUGGCCAAAUCCAGUCACUGAGAAUUUUGUUUAAGUUAGAGAGAGACAGAGCCUGCCUGAUGUAUUGUUACAAUGCAACAUCUGGUUUUAUAAAUGGAAUGGAAUAAUUUUUUAAAUUUA